UCAAGCCUGUCGCAAUUAUAUCAGUAUUUCGUAACCUUACGAUAAUCGUACGCAUGCGCAGUUAAAGCGAGCUCUUCAAACGAAGGUAUUUUAUCUGAUGUUUGGUGUCUGCUGUCAGUUUUCACUUGGACGUAAACAAGUUGUAAAAGUUCUGUUAGAGGAUGUCUUUAAGCGGAAAAGAAAAGAAGCGAGGGCCAAACUGGACGAUAGAAGAAAGAAAUACGCUUAUAGAGCUAUGCCGGGCCAGUACAAACACACUCAAAAUGAACUGGGGAGAAGUGGCUGACAGGGUGAACAGUAUCGGGGGAAACUCCAGAGUCGCCCCUGAGGUUAAAAAGAAGUGGACUGAUAUGAAGAGCAAUGUAAAGAGGAAGGCGCAGCAAGAACGGACAGAAAGCAGGCAGACAGGAAAUGGGUUGAAGACUAUAAAUCUGGAUUCUUGGGAGGAAAUGGUAUUGACAACCAUUCCAAAGGUGUCAGUUGAUGGCAUUCCUGGAGGCGUGCAGUGCGGGGUUUCUUCAAUCCAGGAAUCGAAUAAAGAAGAAGAAGAAGAAGAAGAAGAAAAAGACAUGAUCCAGGGAGCAGCAGCUAAUGUGAAAGACCGCUCAUCAUCAGUAAAGUUUUCUUCUUGUAAUGCAACAGGGGGUUCCACAUCAAAUCUUCAACUGCGAAUGGUGAUGGCCCAGGAGCAACAAAACAGUAUUCUGUCAUCAAUAGAUUCUACAUUGAAGAAAAUGUUAGAAUACCAAAAAGAAAAAUCCGUUGACCUUCUACAUUUUGAAUAUUAAUUUAAGAAAACAUUCAUAUAAAAUUAUGUAUCGGUUUCUUAGACUCAUUGAAAAUGUGUUAAGUUAUAUUAUUCAACUGGCCACAAUUUCUCAACACUUUUUCAAUCAAUGAGGUUACAUAACUCCAUAUUAUCCUAAAUACAAGUUAUGGCCCCUGAUUGACUUAGGUUAAAGUUUUAGGGCAGGUUAAAUUUUAGGGCAAGUUGGGAUUUUCACUUAAAACUCCAAUACCAUUCAUUCAAUUGACUUAAUGCUUCGCACAGAUGUUCAGAGCCAUCACAUAAUGAGGUUAGAUAACUCCAUAUUAUCCUUUAUACAAAUUAUGGCCUCUGAUUGACUAUGGAACUUAGGUUAAAGUUUUAGGGCAGGUUGGGAUAUUGUUUAAUAACUUCUAUACCCUUCAUUCAAUUGACUUAAUACUUCACACAAUUGUUCAGGACCAUCAGCCAAUGAGGUUACAUAACUCCAUAUCCUUAAUACAAGUUAUGGCCCCUGAUUGACUUGGGUUAAAGUUUUGGGCAAAAUUAUUUACGACCAUAUUACAACAAGAAACAUAACUCAUUUUUAAGCCUAAAUACAAAUUAUGGCCCUUGAAUUUAAAAAAAAUAAAUUUAACUUCCUUUUAAAGACAUAUUUGUAUAUUCUUAACCACAUUUUCAUAAUGGGAAAUCAAGUUAUUUGAAUGACUUGCGUCAUUGUUUUGGCGGGCUGGUGGAAGGGCAGCAUCAAAGUCACCUUAUGUAUCGAAUAAUUUCAGUUAGGUUUGACAUAAAGAGACCAAACUUGGUAUUUUUAUACGUUAUUGUAUUCUAAGUCAAAGCGACGUAGACGAGCGCGCUGUCUUACGACGGCUUUAAGAGACUUUAGACUUUGAAUGGGAAUUAUGUUUAUGGUUAUCACAAUUAACUCUUUCAUUUAUCAAAGUUCAGUUACAGUAUGUAUUUUGGCCUAUAAAAAUAAGCUUUGUACACCUGUUAUGCUUCAUAAGAUGUUUUGAGAUAUUGGGGCCAGC